AUGGCACCUCAACCUGAAUUAGAGCCGUCGCGCAAACCAGGCCCCAAACCCCUUCAAUCCAGCUCCCCCAAAAGGCAAUAUCUCAUCCUCUACAACUUCGUCAGCGCCGUCCUCUGGUUCACCAUUCUCGGGCGCGUCGUGCUGCUUGUACCUCUCGUCGGGUUUGGAAAUGUUUAUCCGGGUGUAGGAAGGUUCUGUAAAUGGACCCAGACGCUGGCGCUGUUGGAGGUGGUGCAUGCUGCGACUGGCAUAGUACGAGCCCCCAUCAGCACCACUGCUAUGCAAGUCGCCAGCCGUCUCCUUCUCGUAUGGGGAGUUGUCGAUCAAUUCCCCCUCCUCGCCCGCAGCGCUGGCUACUCGUCGAUGCUCAUCGCCUGGUCCGUCACCGAGGUUGUCCGCUAUUCGUACUUCGUGUUCACGCUUAGCGGUUAUUCGCCAGGCAUCAUCUCGUGGUUGAGGUAUAAUACGUUCUAUGUGCUGUAUCCGCUGGGCAUUAGUAGCGAGUGUUGGUUGAUCUGGAGCGCGAUCAAGCCGGCGGCGGAGAAGAGACAGGAGUUUGCAUGGGCGCUGCAAUUAAUUCUCCUUAUUUAUAUCCCUGGAUCGUACGUUUUGUUCACGCAUAUGAUGGCGCAAAGGAGGAAAGUUAUGAGGGGAAAGCAGAUGCAAAAAGCCGAAUGA